UGGCAUUGGCCGCCCGCCUAAACCCGGGCGCGGCGAGAGUCUGUGUCCAAUCAACAUUCAGUCUUCCACCCAUCCUUGCUUUGUAUCCUUUCACGCAGAGUCUCUCAAGAGCAACAACGCAGAAUUCGUUCUGGAGAGACUGCAAGACAAGCGCGUAUUGGAUACAGCUGGCCAACUCCGCAACGGCCUAGUCUCGAUCCCAUUCACAAGGCUCGGUUGGCGUGAUGGCCGUCGAUUCAUCUCCUGAAAGUUCUGAGAUCAGGACGAAGCAGCACCAUCGUAUAGAGUCGGAGGCGCAUUCUCUCAAACGCGGGCGAGCCGAAUCAGUUGAACCCCCUGUUCUGGACCGUCCGGAAACUACAUCGACGGGAACAAAGAAGAAUAGGCUGGCUUUAUCUACUGGCCAAGCACCCUCCAAGCCCCUAGACCCCGAUCCGUCACCCAAUAUCGACCUCGACGAAAGUGACGAGCUGGAAGUAGCGGACGAUGCCGGAGCUAAAGAUGAAGCUAAGAACGUCGGAGAAGUCAGGAGAAAAGUCGAAAAGAUGACUUAUGAGGAAGGCUCGAAAGAUGCCUCGGAAGCUGCAGCCAUCAUUCAAGAGGAAGAUCAAGAAUUGGAGCUGCCUGAAAAGGAUGAAGAUGAAGGCCCAGGAUCAGCCAUGUCGACAUCUACUAGAUUCUCCAAACUAGAUGAGAAGGAGGGGGAGGGGGAGAACGGCAAAGCUGAGCCUAUCGAUGAGGAAUGGCAAGAGAUUGAAAAGGCCGAAGCGGAAGGUGCAGAGGCAGAGGCAGAGGCACUGGCGGACGGCGAUGUGCCAACCUCCAUGCCGAUGAACAAGACUUCAUCAUCCUCCGGUCAGGAGGGUCUGAAGCGCAAGGUAGCGGACAGGAGCGAGAGCAGCUACAAUAUCAAUGAUACCCACGCUCAAGUCAAGAGACACAAGGAUACCCCAUCUCCAUCUGAAGAACCUCCUAAAGUGCUUCCCCCCGUCAGCGAACCGCUGAAGAAACAAUCCACCUUUUCCUCCUUCGCGUCUACUUCCUCCCCAUUCGCUUCUGCCCGUACUAUAUCCCCAUUCGGUGCCUCUUCAUCAGCCUCUUCGUCGACCCCUCAGCCCAAGCCCAGCGCUUUCAAGUCGAGCGGUUUUGGGAAUUAUAGCAACGCCAGUCCAUUCUCAAAACCGCCAAUCAAGUCUACUACGACAACCGAGGACAAGACAGCAUCAGGCGAUCAAUCCUUUGAGAACGAACCGAAAGCAUCUACAUUUGAUGAUAUCCUCAAAGCGGAUGCUGGGACAGUGACCGAAGAGGAGAAGAUCCGUAUGUCUGAGCAAGAUGUGCACACUGGUGAGGAGGAUGAAAGCCCUGUACACUCUGUGCGUGCAAAGCUAUAUGUCAUGCAAGCGGACGGUGGAUGGAGAGAACGUGGUGUGGGCACCUUGAAGUUGAACGUCAGGCGAUCAGAUGGCAAGGGCGCGAGGCUGGUGAUGCGCGCCGAGGGAGUCUUACGACUUAUUCUCAAUGUCUCGCUAUACGUUGGUAUGUCCUGUCUAGAGGAUGGGAAGCAUGUACGGACAACGGUCAUCGAGGACGGGGAGCGAAAAUUCUUGACCUUCAGGACUGGAUCAAUUAAAGCUGCUUCAGAUCUUUCUUCUGCCAUCCAUGAUCAUAUACCAUUGGAGUCCGGAGCAUCAGCGAGCAAGUCGCCUGAAUUAGAAAGUAAAGGGCGUGAUGCCGCUAAAGCGGUGUAGAGAGCUUGAGGCGGGGGUCUAUCUCGACCGCCGCCUUCGAAGCGUAGACAUGGGGGAAACAAGCAAGACCAAACAGCAAACAAUCAGAUGGCACACCAUAUCUGUUCGAUUCCAUAUAUCCUCUCUUCACCCCUUGGCGAAG